ACGAAAUAGAAGACACGUGCUUAGGAGUUACAGCCAAAAGUUGUACACUUUUCGAGGUGUAGUUGUACAUUAGGGACAUUUUAGCUUUGGCAACAUUAAUUCAUUUAUUCUAACAUCGAUCACUAGAGAAUUAUGGCUCAAAUGGGCGGAAAGUGUUGUUAUUGAUUAUAUUAUUUGCGAGUCGUAUAAUAUCCCACAUGCUCUAUUCUCAUUACUGUUCGAGUGCAAAUUCCAGUUGUUAUUACUAUGUGUUUACCAGAUAACUGUAUAUUGGUAUAGGUAAAGUGUAGGGAUUUAAAUUAUUGUGCCGGUGUACAACAGAGCUGAGGCUAUAAAAAUGAGUGAAUGUGUAGCGGAUUUUUGUGGUGGUCAGUUUGAAGAUGCUCACCCAGAAAGUACUCUUCCGAACACUAACAGAUCAAAUGAUCAAAUGUCAACUGUUGUAGACACCUUGUCUACUUUAACUACAGAAAAUGAAGAUGACUUGUCAUCUGAAGGAGAUAGCCAGAAUUCUCAGGGUGAAGAAGAAAAUGAGGAUGAAGAAGAGGAAGACUUUGACUGGGAGGAUGAGACAAAAGAUUUCACAAAGAAGUAUAAAGCUUCACAAAGCCGAAUCCUUCAGGGUCAUGGAGGUCAGGCCAAUCCACAGACGUCCCAGAAGCAUAGCAACCAUUAUCAACCGUCUGACAAGGCUUUCAAGAAAUUCUCACACAAGAUUAAUGUUGAAAAGUAUGAAGGUCCAAGGCUACCCAAUUCAGCUGGGUCAGCUCUGGCCGAGAAGGGCAAGCGCAUGGAGGCUGAGAGAUAUCGGGGUAAGGACAAGGCUGACAGAGCCACAGCUGAACAGGUGAUGGACCCUCGUACCCGCAUGAUUCUCUUCAAGAUGCUGAACCGUGGGGUCAUUGCUGAGAUCAGCGGCUGUAUCAGCACGGGCAAGGAGGCCAAUGUCUACCAUGCGCACACAAAGAUCGGUUUGGAGAGAGCUAUAAAGGUGUACAAGACUUCUAUUUUGGUUUUCAAAGAUCGAGACAAAUAUGUGUCAGGAGAGUUCAGGUUCAGGCAUGGUUACUGCAAACACAACCCCCGUAAAAUGGUAAAGACAUGGGCGGAGAAGGAGAUGAGGAACCUUAUCAGAAUCCACCAAUCAGGAGUGCCCUGUCCCGAGCCAAUCAUGCUGCGGAGUCAUGUGUUGGUGAUGGAGUUCCUGGGUACAGAAGGAUGGCCUGCUCCCCUGCUCAAGGAUGUGAGCUUGUCCGAGGGAAAGGCACGAGAGCUGUACCUCCAGUGUAUCCACAUUGUAAGGACGCUCUACCAGGAAUGUCGCCUCGUCCAUGCAGACCUCAGCGAGUUCAACAUGUUAUUCCACCAGGGGAAGAUUUUCAUCAUUGAUGUCUCUCAGUCAGUAGAACACGAUCAUCCUCACUCUCUGGAGUUUUUACGCAAAGACUGCAGCAAUGUUACAGACUUUUUCCGAAAAAAAGGUGUAUGCACACUUACGAUGAAAGAACUGUUUGACUUUGUGACGGAUGUGACAGUCACAGCAGAAAACAUGGAUGAUUAUCUGGAGAAGGCAAUGUUGAUAACGUCAACACGUACGAUAGAAGAUGUGACAGAGCAAGACAAGGUUGACGAGGGAGUGUUUCGAAAUGCCUAUAUUCCACGCACCCUGGACGAGGUCCUGAACUUUGAGAAAGAUUAUGAUAAAGCUCGGAGAGGAGAUGUACAACAGAUUCUAUACCAGACUGUGACAGGACUAAAGUCGGAUCUUUCAGGAGCCCAAGAGAAACCACAGCUUCUUAAUGCGUCAGAGACAGCAGAACUUGUUGAAGAACCCAAGUCUGAAGAGGAAAACAAGCAUGAUGACAGUACAUCAGAUGAGGAGGAUGGGAGUGAUGGAGAGGAUAGGAACAAUUGCAAUCAGGAGAGUGGGUCAAAGGUAGACACUGGGAGGCCAAGGGAUGAGUCCCCUUCGAGUAAAAAGGAUAGAAAGAAGGCUGUUAAGGAGGCUCAGAAGGAAAAACGAAAACAGAAAAUUCCAAAGCAUGUGAAAAAGCGCAAGGAAAAACUUGGCAAACAGAGUUUAAAACCCAAACGCUGAUAGUUUGACAGUGCCUGAUAGGCUGUUGCAGCUUGGUAUUGGAAGACGUGUUAAAUGAUCCAUGGACAGAGCAGAUGUACAUAAAUAUGGUGUCCGAAUGAGUUGUGCAUUUCUGAGAGAGUCACCGAGAGACAUGAUUUAUUUCACAUAUAUUGAUGCUUUAUUUUGUGAUACAAAACAAAAUUUAUCAUGGACAUGACUCAGGACUCUGUUAGUACUGUUGGCUGGUAUGCUAUUGCAGAAUUUCUGUUUCAUUUGGAUACAAUACAUCAAUGUGGUAAUUUUACCUACCAUGUGGACUUCUAUAAAAGAUGUGUAACAAUAAAA